CGUAGCCGGCGUCCUCAACAUGGCGGCUCCCCAGGAUGUCCACGUCCGUAUCUGUAACCAAGAGAUUGUCAAAUUUGACCUGGAGGUGAAGGCGCUUAUCCAGGAUAUUCGAGAUUGUUCAGGACCAUUAAGUGCACUCACUGAACUGAACACUAAAGUGAAAGAGAAGUUUCAGCAACUGCGGCACAGGAUACAGGAGCUGGAGCAGUCAGCUAAAGAGCAAGACAAAGAGUCAGAGAAGCAAGUUCUGCUCCAGGAAGUGGAGAAUCACAAAAAGCAGAUGCUCAGCAAUCAGACCUCAUGGAGGAAGGCUAAUCUCACCUGCAAAAUUGCCAUCGACAAUCUAGAGAAAGCAGAACUUCUCCAGGGAGGAGACCUCUUAAGGCAAAGGAAGACCACCAAAGAGAGCCUGGCCCAGACGUCCAGUGCCAUUACGGAGAGCCUCAUGGGGAUCAGCAGGAUGAUGUCCCAGCAGGUGCAGCAGAGCGAGGAAGCCAUGCAGAUGCUAGCCAAUUCUUCGCGGACUAUCCUGGAUGCAAAUGAAGAGUUUAAGUCCAUGUCAGGGACUAUCCAGUUGGGACGGAAGCUUAUCACAAAAUAUAACCGCCGAGAGCUGACAGACAAACUCCUCAUUCUCCUUGCCCUGGCCCUUUUCCUUGCGACGGUCCUCUAUAUUGUAAAAAAGCGGCUCUUCCCAUUUUUGUAAGAUGGGGAAUUACCAGCUUUUGCCCUUUAAGGUCCAGUGUCAAGAUCUGUCCGUGCUACCAGGCCCUGGCAAACCAGCCCACGCCUCCGUGGUCUGCUCCAGUUGUUCCGUGGCUUGGAUGGAGAUGCAGUCCCCCAGGUUUCCACAGGCGGCGGGCUUGCACAGGGCGAGCAGAGCAAGGUGUCAUCAAGACACCUGCAGGGCCACAGGGACUCCAGGAGUCGUGACAGCAGUGCUUAUGGCCGACACACGGGGCACUUGGAGGCCAGCCUUCAGGAUUUGGUCCUCCUUUCUCUCCUCCUGCUGCGGCCUUAAUGCCAGAUCUCGUGGAAGGAAAAGUGGGGAGCAGGAGGAUAAGGAAAACUCCUGUCCAUUUCUUGAAUAAACUUGAUUGUAUUUAAUAGAA